AAAAACCAUAUUUCUCAUCUCUCAAAUCAAAAAAGGUUUCUUUUUUUAAACUUUUAUGGAGGAUUUAUCAUCUUCUACUUCAAACAGCCAACAAGCUGAUCUCAAAAUGGGCACGCAAAAGCGCAAGGCAGGAAGGAAAAAGUUCAUGGAGACUCGCCAUCCUGUGUACAAGGGUGUCCGGCGAAGGAAUGGAAAGUGGGUGAGUGAAUUGCGACAGCCUCAUGCCAAGUCCAGGAUUUGGCUUGGAACGUUUUCAAGGCCUGAAAUGGCUGCUAGGGCUUAUGAUGUGGCUGCCUUAGCUCUUAGGGGAGAUUCUGCCUCCUUGAACUUCCCUGAAUCAGCCCAUUUGCUGCCUCGGGUUGGGUCUACUUCUAUUAGGGACAUUCAGUGUGCUGCUCUAGAGGCUGCAGAUCAGAGUUAUGUUCAUGUUGAUCAGUUUCAGUGUUCUUCUUCAUCUUCUUGUUCUCCAUCGAUGACCAAAGAAGAUGGAAGCGACAAGGUUGAAGAAGGUUGUAAGGGGAAGGUGUUUUUGGAUGAGGAAGAGUUGUUUAACAUGCCAGCACUACUUGAUAGUAUGGCAGAAGGGCUGAUUCUUACGCCACCAGCCAUGAAAAGAGGGUUCAGCUGGAAUGAUGUGGAUGACGACCAUCCUGUGGAUUCGACUCUAUGGAGUGAUUGAUGGUCCAUACCUUUGAAGGGAAAUUUUUUACUGGACCCAUCGCUGUGGAUUCAAGAUGCAAUAUCAAUUAUGGGAUUUCUGAAAAACCACAUAUUUAUGUCCUACUUCAUGAUAUAACAUUCAUGAUAUAUCGAUUUAGGUAAGUUUUUUUUUUAAUUUAAAAUAUUUUAUACAAUUGAUACAUCAGGAUUAUUA